UUAUUUUUUUCAAAAGAAUAUCCACUUCUAAAUUAUAAUCAUCAGAAUUUCAAAACUGGCCCCCAAAAAAUAUCACUCCUGCAAGGCUGCAAAGGCCAUAUCUUUCACCAUUUUCAUCCUCCCAAGACUCUUAGCGAAGAGCUAGAGAUGGCUCUGGAAAACUGUUUUCAGUUAAGCUCAGCUUGCACUACUAGAGCUAGUGUGCUGCAAAGCUACCAUCAUUUUUCUUCUGUUGAGAAGGUUCAUUUGCCGACAUUUAGAGGGUUCAAUAAACCCAAUUUAUCAUUCACUUCUUCUUCUUCUUCUUCUUCAUCUUUAGCUCAUUCAUUCACUCGCAAAAGCCAAAAAUCCAGGCUCAUCUGCAAAGCUCGUGAAGCUGUAGAUGAAGUUGCAGUGGUGACAGAAUCAAGCUGGGGUGAGCUUGUCGUUGGAAGUGAAACUCCAGUUUUAGUGGAGUUUUGGGCACCAUGGUGCGGACCCUGUCGCAUGAUUGAGCCAGUUAUCGCUGAAUUGGCAAAAGAAUAUGCUGGGAAGAUUGCUUGUUACAAGCUCAACACUGAUGACAGCCCAAACAUCGCCACACAGUUCGGGAUUAGGAGUAUUCCAACUAUGCUGUUUUUUAAGGAUGGGGAGAAGAAAGAGAGCAUCAUCGGUGCAGUGCCCAAGUCUACCUUGGCUGCUACCAUUGACAAAUAUGUUGAUAGCUGAAUCCAAACAAAUCAAAGUUUGUUGUAAGAGCUACAUGGUCUUGUUCAUACCAUGCCAGUUUUAUAUAUUAUUCAUUCAAAUGGCCUCUCUCUGAACAUUUGCUUCCAUUAAUAUAUAUGUUGUAAAUAUUAGUAGUAUGUCAUGUUUUUCA